AUGACCAAAUUAAUUAUAUCCAGUUCAAAGUUCCAAUCCGCUAUUGUUGAUUUAUUACCAUGUAAUAACGGGUCCAAAUCAAGACUAACACAUUCUUUAAUUGACACUUAUGGAUUACUGCAAUACUUUGAUCAUGUCGUUAUGACCCCAUUUGCUUCUAAAGAUGAAUUGCUAAACUUUCAUACGAUUGAGUAUUUGAAUGUGAUAUUGGAUGAGAAAUUAAAUAAAAGAAAAGUAGAAGAUGAAACAUAUAUUGAUAAUUGGAACUAUUUAAAUCAAGUGGGCAUUGAAUGGCUAGAAGAAAAUAAACCCAACGAGUCUAAAAGUUUUGAACUGCAGGCAAAUUUUCAAGAUGACAAUGAUAACACUAUUCAAUCCACUAACGAAAUUGAUCAAUAUUUUAAUUCAAUUGAAACUUUGUAUAAAUAUUAUUCAUACAUUGCAAAGGGACAUAAAGCAACCGUGAAAAAUUAUAAUACUACUUCAAAUAAAAAAAGGACUUCAUGGGAAGCCCUUUUAGACGAGUUAAGUGAUGAUUCAAUGGAAAACUCAACAGACAGUGCAAACGAUAAUUCUAGUAACAACUCAAGUGAUACUUCAAGUGAAGACUCAAAUGACGACUCAGGUGUAGACUUAAAUGACAAUUCAAGUGACAGAUUAAGUAGUAAGAAUGCUACUCAGAAACAUGAAAUUGAUUCGUAUAAAGCUACUGUUAUAAAUGAUAUUGUUGAUUUCGAUGUAGUAAAAUUAAAACAAUAUAAUUUAGUUGGUGAUUGUCCAAUAUUUUCCUUUUUGCCUAUGUAUUGCCAUGUGCUAGGGGGAUCCACAUUAAGAUUACUUGAUCAUAUUGAUUUCAAUGAAAAACAAAUCUGUAUUAAUUGGGAUGGUGGUAGACACCAUUCACGUAAGAAAAAAGCUAGUGGGUUUUGCUACGUUAACGAUAUAGUCUUGUGUAUACAGAAGCUAGGUGAGAAAGGUUUUAGGAAAAUUACUUAUCUAGAUUUUGAUUUACAUCAUGGAGAUGGAGUGGAGAAAUCAUUCCAAUACUCUAAACAUAUUCAAACUAUAUCUGUUCAUCUGUUUGAACCCGGAUUUUUUCCAUGUACUGGUUCGUUAGAAGAAACAAAACAUGGUUUCAAUAUUGUCAAUAUACCUACAUUGCAUGGAUUAGAUGAUAACUAUUUAACAUAUUUAUUAAAUCGAGUAAUUAUUCCUUUAAUAAAGAAACAUAAACCAGAAUGUCUUGUAGUCCAAUGUGGGGGUGAUGGGUUAAUUGGUGACCGAUAUAAAGAAUGGCAAAUGACAAUUAGUGGAUUGACUAAAAAUAUCAUGCUAGUGUUACAAAACUUUCCAGAAUGUUCUGUAGUAUUAUUAGGUGGUGGUGGCUACAAUGAACGUGUAAUGAGCCGAUUCCAUACUUUUUUAACUUGGAAAGUAGUACAAACAUUUUCUUCAAAAGGUUCGACACUUUUAGAUCAAUUUGAAUCAGACUACCAUGAAGAACAUUCUACCAAGCAAAAUAAUGAUACCACUACAAUGGAUUCUGCAAACACUCAAUCGCCAUUCUCAAAUAACAUGUCUGAUAUUCUAAUCCCAGAACAUGAAUUCUCUGAUUUCUAUGGAGAAGAAUUGUGUCGCUUUUGGGCGUACGAACUUCCUGCAAGCCAAUAUUUCAAACAACUUCACAAUGACAAUAUUCCAAACUACAUAGAUAAGUUAGUUAAGUUUUACAACCUUUAG